AUGCCGGCCGUACAUCAUAAACUACUCCUGGAGGACGCCCUGCUGGACAGUCCUCAAACUCGUUCCUUGCUCAGUGUGUUUGAGGAGGAUGCGGCCAACCUCACUGACUACACUAACCAGCUGCUGCAGUCCAUGCAGCGUGUGUUUGGAGCUCAGAGUGAGAUGGGUUUGGCCACAGAGCAGCUCUCAAGACAGCUUCUUGCCUAUGAGAAGAAAAAUUUUGCCCUCGGGAAGGGUGAUGAAGAAGUGGUGAACACACUGCAGAAUUUUGCAACAACGGUGGAGGAGCUCAAUGCUCUGCACUUGGAGCUUGCCAACCAGAUGGCAGACACCAUGGUAUUCCCCUUGAUCCAGUUCAGAGAAAAAGACCUGACGGAGAUAAGCACGCUGAAGGAAAUCUAUGGCAUCGCCACCGAUGAGCAUGAGGCGUCCAUGGUCAAGUACAGCCGCUUACCCAAAAAGAGGGAGAAUGAGAAGCUGAAGGCUGAUCUGGUAAAAGAGGUGGCGUACACUCGAAGGAAGCAGCACCAAGCCUCGCUGCAGUAUUACUGUGCACUCAACGCGCUGCAGUACCGCAAGAGGGUGGCCAUGCUGGAACCCAUGCUGGGCUACACGCAGGCACAGGUCGUUUUCUUCAAGAAAGGGCUCGAGUUGGUGUCAAAGAAGAUAGACAACUUCCUCUCAUCUGUGUCCAACAUGACUAAAAACAUCCAGGCCCAACUGGACGUGGAGGCCGAGGUCAUGCGUGUGUCCCAGAAGGAGCUCCUGUCCGUGGAUGACUCGGUCUACCUGCUGGAUAAGGAAAACGAGCCCGUCAAUCGCACACUCAUUCAGAAGGCGGGCUUUCUCAACAUCAGGAAUAAAACAGGCCUGGUGACCACAGCAUGGGACCGCCUGUACUUUUUCACGCAGGGGGGCAACCUCAUGUGCCAGCCACGGGGGGCUGUGGCAGGGGGCAUGGUGCUGGAUCUGGACAACAGCUCAGUCAUGGCUAUCGAGUGUGAAGACAGACACUACUGCUUUCAAAUCACUUCCCCUUCUGGAAAAGCGUCUAUGAUCCUACAAGCAGAAAGCAAAAAGGAAUAUGAAGAGUGGAUUUGCACUGUGAACAACAUCUCCAGACAGAUCUACCUGACUGACAACCCAGAGGCUGUGGCUAUUCGACUAAACCAAACCGCCAUCCAGGCGGUCACGCCUGUCACCAGCUUUGAGAAGAGACAGGAAGGUUCACCUGACCCUGAUAGAGCCAAGCCAGGAGGCGUCUACUCCACCAGCGCUGCAUCACAGAAGUCGGGAGCGGGUCCGGAGCCGGAAGACCUGAUCGCCCCCGGGACGCCCAUCCAGUUUGACAUCGUGCUGCCGGCCUCAGAAUUCCAAGACCAGAACCGGGUGGAUGGGAGGCGCACAAAUCCGUUUGGCGAAACGGAUGACGACUGCUCCCACGAAAGCGACGACUCCCUCUUGCAGCAGGUUUUCGCAGUGCGCUUCCUGGGCUCCAUGGCGGUGCGCUGCGGCGACAAUCAAGAGGUGAUCUAUGAGGCCAUGAGGCAGGUGCUGGCUGCUCGAGCCAUUCACAACAUCUUCAGGACCACCGAGUCGCACCUGAUGGUGACUAGCAGUAGCCUCAGGCUGAUCGACCCUCAGACUCAAGUGACAAGAAUAAGCUUCCAGCUUGGAGAGGUGUGUCAGUUUGCGGCCCAUCAAGAAAACAGCAGGUUGAUGGGCUUUGUGGUGGAGGGCCGCGACUGGAGCGGCGGUGGAGACAGUGAAGACCAAAAUGGGGAGCCCUCCUUCAGCGCCUUCGUCUUUGAAAGCAAUACUGAGGGAGAGAAGAUAUGCUAUACCAUGAGUUUGGCCAAGGACAUUACAGAAGCAAAGAAGGACCCGGUGGCUCUGGCGCAGCUCAUGAAGAAUAUGCCGCUCACCAACGAUGGCAAGUUCCUCCUGCUGGAUGCAGAGAACAGUGACACAGCUGAUGGAGACGGACCAGAGGAUUUAGAGUCGGAGGCCUAG